CAUGUUGAAACGAUUGAAUUGUCGGCUGAACGUCGCAAUAGCUGUUGGCUAACUGAUGGCCACGACGGCAAAGCAGAGAUCUUAUCAGCAGACAUAGCGACAGCGGGACAAUUAAAUUAUUUCGUUUUUUACGACGCUCAAUUAUUUGUGUUUAUUUUUCGAAGCGAUAAGAUACGCGCGCCCUAUCGGCACUGCGAUAGAUAGUCAUCAGAAAACAACCCUGCGCUCACGAGGGAAUUUCACCACACCAUGGCGGUGCUUGCCAGUUUUUGGUCACAUUAACUUUGGGAUUUUCAACCGUGCAAAGAAAGCCACUCUCUUAUAAAACGCCAUUUGCAAAAAAAAAUUAUUAAGAUUUCAAAGCGGCGUGGACGUAAAAAACUAUACAAUUUCCAUAAAACUCACUUAAAAGUGAUAUAAAAUCAGUGAAACAUGUCUAUUGGAGUGCCCAUCAAAGUGCUGCACGAGGCUGAGGGCCACAUAAUCACUUGCGAGACAAUCACCGGCGAGGUGUACCGCGGCAAGCUAAUCGAGGCGGAGGACAACAUGAACUGCCAGAUGACACAGAUCACGGUCACCUACCGGGACGGGCGUACGGCCAACCUGGAGAAUGUCUACAUCCGUGGCUCCAAGAUCCGCUUUCUCAUUCUGCCGGACAUGCUAAAGAAUGCCCCGAUGUUCAAGAAGCAAACGGGCAAGGGACUGGGUGGGACGGCGGGCAGGGGCAAGGCGGCUAUACUACGCGCACAGGCUCGUGGCAGAGGAAGAGGCGGGCCACCGGGCGGCGGAAGAGGCUCUGGCGGACCGCCGGGAGCUCCGGGCGGCGGCGGUGGACGCGGAGCCUGGCAGGGAGGACCAACCGGCGGACGUGGACGCGGCGGCCUGUAGGAACCAACGUACAGCUCCUGGCCAAGGCAUUUUUAAUCUCUAAGUUGCGGGCACUAUUAUAUUAUUAGCGGGCGGGCUGAGACUUCUCCAGAGUUUUUGUAAAGUAUUUAAUAGGCGAGAAAGUGCCGUAAAUACAAAAUGAACUUGAAUUUGAAAA